AUGUCGGGCUUUGUUCACAAGGCCAAUGGCGCCAUCGCGCGCUCUAUCGUUGGCAGGUACUUUCGCCUCGAGGGAUCAGGUCAUCCCAAAGAGCGCAAGGGAAGCUACUUCUUCACUGAGUUCCGCGCGGGGCUAGCCACCUUCUUCGCCAUGGCCUAUAUCAUCUCUGUUAACUCAUCCAUCGUGUCAGACAGUGGUGGUACUUGCGAUGAGAAGGAGCCCUGGACUUGGCGCCUUGAGGGUGGCCUCCUUCCUCCAUGGAUGAAGAGGCUCACCAGCGGAAAGAAGAACUUCUGGAAGGCCGACCCACAGACUGAGGGCGUUUCAGAGCCCCGGAGUGAAGGCAGCUCUGCUCACAACGAGAAAGAGUUUGUCACCGAUAAGCAGGCGUAA